UCCUUGUGACACCGAGAUUACGCAUUUAAGAGGAUGAGAAUUCGCUCACUGCUAUCCCUUAAGUUAACCAUUUUUACCUGGAUUUAUAAUGGGCUCUGCAGAAUACCACCCCGCUCCCCCAAAACUCCAGCAGCAAGACUUGAAGGGAAAAGUAGCCCUUGUAACGGGCGCAACGAAAGGUAUCGGCCGGGCCAUUGCGCUUGACCUCUCCACACGCGGUGCCUCUAUCCUAGGCACAUACUCCUCCUCCACCUCCGCCCACAACUUCGACAAUCUCUUUCACACCGUCAACUCACUAUACUCCACAUCGUCUACCCCUGUACUCCAUGGCGUUGUGGCAGACAUCACUUCCCUCGACUCCAUCUCCUCCGUAAUCAAGGCUCUAUCCCACGAAUACCCCCAAAAACUCGACAUCCUCGUCCUCAACGCAGCCUAUAACGCGCGCCCUAGACUUGGCACUGCAACUUCAUCCGACAUCAGCAACUCCCUAACCGGAAACCUGCACUGGCCAAUCCUACUAAUGGAGACUCUUGUUCGCGACCAACUCUUCAACCCCAGCGCCCGCGUCGUCGUAAUCUCCUCCGAUCGCGUUCGCGACCCUUCGCCCGGCUCCUCUAUCUUCAACGCCACGAAAGCGGGGUUAGAGGCGCUUGCACGGGCAUGGGCGGUCGAGUUGCCGUUAUCGUGCCCGGGCGCGACAGUGAAUGCCGUGAGUGUGGGACUGACGGAUACGCCUGGGCUCAGGGUGUUUCCGGCUGCGGCGGUUGAAGCGUUGAAAGGGCAACGGGUGCCGAAAGUGAAGGUGGUAGAGGGUGGGAGAAUGGGGUUUCCGGAAGACGUGGCGGAUGUGGUAGGGUGGUUGUGUAGUGAGAAGAGUCGGUGGGUGACGGGGAGUGUUGUUGCCGCGAAUGGCGGAGCGGAGUAUGUUGGUGGGUCGUCUUGAGGAAGAUGGAUUUGGGGGUGAUUGAGGAAACCGUAAACAGAAUUCCAGGGUUGUUAUGAGGAUGUUGACAAGGGUUCGCCACGGAGUGACCGGAAAGAGAAUUCUAUUUAUUUCUAC